GGCUUGACCAGGCGGAGCAGCGUCUGGCCCCAUGAAAUCAAACUCAUUCAUCCUAUACACUGGCGCCAAUCCAAGAGUAUAACCAUGCGCCUCGUCUGCUCCCGUCUCUUCCUUUCUUCUUCCUCUCGACAACCUGCUCCAUCUCAACCUUGACCUUUGUGUCCCGUCGCUCUUUUAUUUUCUUUGGUUACAUCGGUUCUUCAAGAGUCUCUCACCGAGCUCUAGUCAUUCUUUAUCGAACCAACUCGCCUUACAACAUGGUUGCCAAAAUUACCUCAGCCUUCGUGGCGACUUCCAUCCUGGCAUCCUCUGCCAUGGCUUGGGAGUCCACAACCACAACCAUCGACGAGCCAUGGCUCGAUUGGGAGACAUCAACCACCACCACGCCCGUCUCCCCUGCGACCACCACCUCCAUCGACGAGCCUUGGUUGGACUGGGAAAGCACAACCACAACCCCAGUCUCCCCUGCUACCACCACCUCCGUCGAUGAGCCCUGGUUGGACUGGGAAAGCACAACCACAACCCCAGUCUCCCCUGCUACCACCACCUCCAUCGAUGAGCCUUGGUUGGACUGGGAGGGAACUACCACGACCACGACACCCGUGUCCCCUGCCACCAUAACAUCGACAACCCACGUCUGGGACGACUGGGUUCCAUCCAGCGUGCCUGUCGACCCAGCGGUGACCACAGUCACCUGGGGCGACUGGCCCUUGACCCCUGUCUCCCCCGAGACCUGUGACGUGGUCACUGUUACCUAUACUGGCGAAGGAUGGUGGGUUCCAGACCCCGCUGCCACCUGGGGAGACUGGGUUGAGUCCACCACCACCAAGCCUGUCGUGCCCACCACCACCACCAAGCCUGUGGCCCCAACAACCACAGAUGAUUCUACCUGGAUUGACUGGGAGGAGUCGACCACCACUACCGUUGCACCCGUCACCACCACCACCGGAUGGCCUGCCCCCGGCACUACCACCACCAAGGGACCUUCUCCAGUGACAACCACUACCACCACCAAGGCUGCUACCACCACCGCCGCCCCUGCCCCCAAGGCCACAUGCCCAGCCGACAAUGGCAAGAGUGUCCUCGCUGGAGGCUCCUGCGGUUGCAAUUUCUCCGUCAACUGCGGUGUCCGUGCCACUCCUGAUAGCAAGUCCAAAUUCUGGGAACAAACCACCAACGGCGUCGUGCCCACUCUCGCACAGUGCUUGGCCCUUUGCGACAACAACGACAAGUGUGAGGCUGCUUUGUGGGUUGAUGACCCAACCAGCGGUGACUACCACAAGUGCUGGCAGAUCAGCGGUCUUGGACAACCCACCGGCACUGGUGUUGCCCAGAUCUCCUACAAGAACAGCUGUUCUGGCAAGUGCUCCUCAUCUUACAGCGCAUAACUGGCUUGAUUGUUCGCACGACCUGGACCAGUCAACGACCAGUCCAAUCGUCGGCCAUGUCAUCUCUUUGGCUUACAGUAUCUGCAUAAUUUUCUUCGACAGCAUCUACAUGUGGUGUAUGGAACGGUUUGGAGACAGUCAUGGGGCAAGUUAUAAAGUGGUCUGGAAUAGCUACAUUGCGUCUAUUCAAAGGCUCUGCGACCACCACCUGUUGAAUUGGAAUCUUGCACAAGUAGCGUGGUCUCACAAACUUUUGACGCCUCGGACGACGCCUAUGAUUUUGAUAAUGUCUUGUGAAAAAAUCAAUUCUCACACCACUGUUGCUGCUGGCUUUUUGUCUUGACCGACGUAGGAUUUACAUACUGGUGUUGGCAAUGGAGCCCUUUUAACCACUCGUGCUUUCUUCUCACAUGAUUGCAACGAAAUUGUCGUAUAAAAAUUGUCGCCUGCCGGUCAUCGGCAGACUCCAUAGAGUCAUCUUGAUGACAUUGGCCUGUGCGAAAUUCAACUGUCGUGUGCAGGCCCUGAUUUCUUUUGUCAGGUUUAUUGGAGGACCGGACCACCUCAAAGCGGCGGAAGGCUUUUUGAGCACGUCACUUGUCAGCCGAUAUCUCGCUCCGGUUCCUGAUACUGUCUUGGCUGUCACAGUCCCACCGUUCAUCUUUCGUAGGUAUGCUACCAUUUCUACAAGCUACUCUCUGAGCCCUUGCUAUCGAUAAUCAUGACCUACAGAUACAACCUUCGACACCGUGCUCCUUCAACUUAAGGAGACUUGAGGAGA